UUUUUUUUUUAAUAACAUUUUCAGUCUCUCCCUCGCUUUUUAUUUUUUAUUUUUUUCCUCUCUAUCGCUCUCUCUGCUUCUCCAAAGCCUCUUUUACUUCAAUUCUUUCUCAAACCCUAAAUUUUUCUCCCUUCAUUUUUCCCAAAUACAUCUUCCAAAAACUCCUUCUACUCAAUCAGCUUCAUCGUCUACAAGUAUAUAUAUAUAUAUAUAAAUGUUUUUUUCAGUUUCUAAUUGUUUUCGUUCUUUGAGUUUCGAGGACUGCUCCUAGCGGCCGUAUUCUAAAUCUCCAUUUCGAGAAACCCUAAUCAGCAAUCGCAGUAUUCGACAAACUCGAAGGUUUUUUAGGGUCGUUCGUUCGUUUUGGAAAACCCUAAUUUAUGGGGGUAUUGGUCGGAGUUUUGGGAAUGAGAAAUGGGAGCCUGUGAUUGUUUAUUUCUGGUGUUUUCGCUGCAUUAAUUUGGCUAUUUUUACCAUUUUCGAACACUAUUUGUAGCCCUAGAACUUCGACUUAUAUGAAAACCCUAAUUGUCUUUUUGAGUUUCUGAGUUUUCGAUUGGGACACUGUUGUAGCCUAUUUGUUGGCUUUAGAUUUUGAGGAAGCUUAAUUCACUUUCCAAUGGCUGAUCAUCGGAAUGGAAGUAGCCAGCCUCCUAAUGGGAAAGCCACUGCAGCAGGAAGUGCAUAUGCUAUUGAUUUGGUCAAAUUCAGUGCACGAUUGAAAGCCCUUUAUUCACAUUGGAAUAAACACAAAUCUGAACUGUGGAGCUCUGCUGAUGUCCUUGCAAUAGCAACACCUCCACCAUCGGAUGAUCUGCGGUAUCUCAAGUCCUCAGCACUGAACAUCUGGCUCCUAGGCUAUGAGUUUCCAGAUACUAUUAUGGUUUUCAUGCAGAAGCAAAUCCAUUUUUUGUGUAGCCAGAAGAAAGCAUCUUUGCUUGAUGUUGUGAAAGCACCUGCCAAAGAGGCUGUGGGUGUAGAAGUUGUGAUGCAUGUGAAGGCAAAGAAUAAUGAUGGAAGUGCGCUAAUGGAAGCUAUAUUUCGUGCCAUCCGUGCUCAAUUGAAGGUAGAUGGCGAUGAUAGCCCUGUAGUUGGAUACAUAGCUAGAGAAGCUCCUGAAGGAAAUCUCUUGGAAAAAUGGGCUGAGAAGUUAAAGAAUGUAAAUUUCCUGCUUGGUGAUGUAACAAGUGGAUUGUCUGAUCUUCUUGCUGUUAAAAGCAAGGAAGAGCUUGUGAAUGUGAAGAAAGCAGCCUUUUUGACCACAAAUGUCAUGAAUAAUAUUGUUGUUCCAAAGCUGGAAAAUGUUAUUGAUGAGGAAAAAAAAGUCACCCAUUCAGCAUUGAUGGAUGAGACCGAGAAGGCUAUACUAGAACCAUCUAAAGCUGGUGCAAGGCUGAAGGCUGAGAAUGUAGAUAUCUGUUACCCUCCAAUUUUUCAAAGUGGAGGACAGUUUGAUCUUAGACCCAGUGCUGCAAGCAAUGAUGAGCUACUUUAUUAUGACUCUGCUAGUGUUAUCAUAUGCGCUGUUGGUGCCCGUUAUAAUAGCUACUGCUGCAAUGUUGCCAGGACAUAUUUGAUUGAUGCCAAUCCCCUUCAGAGCAAGGCAUAUGGGGUUCUUCUCAAGGCCCAUGAAGCGACCAUCAGUGAGUUGAAGCCUGGGAAUAAAGUCAGUGCUGCAUACCAAGCAGCUCUUUCAGUCGUUGAGAAGGAUGCACCUGAAUUAGUUCCAAAUCUGACAAAGUCUGCUGGGACAGGCAUUGGUCUUGAAUUUCGUGAGUCAGGGUUGAACCUUAAUGCGAAAAAUGACCGGGUUGUAAAAGCAGGCAUGGUCUUCAAUGUGUCUCUUGGAUUUCAGAACUUGCAGAACCAAACAAAUAACACAAAGAACCAAACCUUUUCUUUGUUGCUUGCUGACACAGUUAUUGUUGACAGUGAUAAGGCAGAUGUAGCGACAAGUAAAAGUUCUAAAGCCUUGAAGGAUGUGGCAUAUUCGUUCAAUGAGGAUGAUCAAGAAGAAGAAAAGCCUAAAGGAAAAGACGAUGCUAAUGGCACAGAGGCCUUCAUGUCCAAGACAACAUUAAGGUCAGAUAACCAUGAAGCUUCUAAAGAGGAACUACGUAGGCAGCAUCAGGCAGAGCUUGCCCGACUCAAAAAUGAAGAAACUGCCCGUAGACUUGCAGGUGCUGGAACUGGGGCUGGAGACCAUCGUGCUGCUGCAAGGACUUCAACAGAGCUGGUGGCCUAUAAGAAUGUAAAUGAUCUACCCCCUCCAAAAGAUCUGAUGAUUCAGAUUGACCAAAAGAAUGAAGCUGUUCUGUUUCCUAUUUACGGGAGUAUGGUCCCUUUUCACGUUUCUACUAUAAGGACAGUGUCUAGCCAGCAGGAUACUAAUAGAACAUGUUGUAUUAGAAUAAUCUUCAAUGUUCCUGGGACACCUUUUAGUCCUCAUGAUGCGAGCUCGUUGAAGGUCCAGGGAUCUAUAUAUCUGAAGGAGGUUUCGUUCCGCUCCAAGGAUGGAAGGCACAUAAGUGAGGUGGUACAGAUGAUUAAAACGCUUCGACGGCAAGUUAUGGCCAGGGAGUCUGAGCGAGCUGAGAGAGCAACCUUGGUUACUCAGGAGAGACUUCAGCUAGCUGGUAACAGAAAUAAGCCAAUCAGAUUAUCUGACCUGUGGAUCCGUCCUCCUUUUGGUGGUCGUGGAAGGAAGAUGCCAGGCACACUUGAAGCUCAUGUGAAUGGGUUUCGUUUUUCUACCACCAGGCAAGAUGAGCGCGUGGACAUAAUGUUUGGAAACAUUAAGCAUGCAUUUUUCCAGCCAGCAGAGAAUGAGAUGAUCACUCUUCUGCACUUUCAUCUGCAUAACCACAUAAUGGUGGGGAAUAAGAAAACCAAGGAUGUGCAAUUCUAUGUUGAGGUGAUGGAUGUUGUUCAAACCCUGGGAGGUGGAAAGAGGUCUGCCUAUGAUCCGGACGAGAUUGAAGAAGAGCAGCGGGAGAGGGAUAGGAAAAAUAAAAUCAACAUGGGUUUUCAGAGUUUUGUAAAUCGGGUGAAUGAUCUGUGGGGGCAACCUCAAUUCAAUGGCCUUGACCUUGAGUUUGAUCAGCCUCUUAGAGAACUUGGCUUCCAUGGGGUACCCUAUAAAUCUUCUGCAUUCAUUGUCCCAACAUCUACUUGCCUGGUUGAACUGAUAGAGACUCCUUUCCUGGUUGUCACUCUAGGUGAGAUUGAAAUUGUGAAUCUGGAAAGAGUGGGCCUUGGACAGAAGAAUUUUGACAUGACAGUUGUGUUCAAGGACUUCAAAAAAGAUGUUCUUAGGAUAGAUUCAAUUCCUUCCACAGCACUUGAUGGCAUCAAGGAAUGGCUUGACACGACAGAUAUUAAGUAUUAUGAAAGCAGGCUGAAUCUAAACUGGCGACAGAUACUGAAGACUAUCACUGAUGAUCCUCAGAGCUUCAUUGAUGAUGGCGGUUGGGAAUUUUUGAACUUGGAAGCUACUGAUUCAGAAUCAGAGCGCUCGGAAGAGUCAGACCAGGGUUAUGAACCAUCAGAUUUAGAGCCUGAAUCAGAUUCUGAAGAUGAAGCUUCUGACAGUGAAUCAUUGGUUGAGUCUGAGGAAGAGGAGGAUGAUGAUACUGAUGACUCAGAAGAAGAGAAAGGAAAGACAUGGGAAGAGUUGGAGAGGGAAGCAACCAAUGCAGACCGAGAGAAAGGUGCUGAGUAUGACAGUGAGGAGGAUAGGAAGAGAAGGAAGACGAAAGCUUUUGGGAAGUCUCGAGCUGGUCCUAUUAAUACUGUCUCCAAGCGAUCUAAAUUGAGAUAGAUGUAGCUGGAAAUUGCUUGUUUUCAUCAUUAAGAUGUUUUUUGGGUUAGUCUCCUGCAGGAGCAGCAGCUGCUGCUACUGUACACUGACAUAGCUUGGAUCUCUUGUUUUGAACUAGAUUUUUUUUUUUUCUUGGGGGUUUAGCCCUAUUUUUCUACUAGAUAAGGUUACCUGGAAGUCAAGAUCUUUGUAUUGUAAAUUGGUAGCAUUACUUUUUCUUGAAGUAAAAUUUCUAGUUAUUAUUUCUA